GGCUCAGAGGACACAGUGAAAACGCUCAUCCAGGCUGUCUGGAUCUUCUGGGUUUUCAAACAAAAGGGAUUUACCCUCAAACCACUCCACAGUGUCUCUUUCCUUUUUUCCCUCCUCAGGAAGAAUGGUACGAAACUUAAAAAGUUGAUGAAAACAAGCCAGCAGGAGAGCAGGAAGCUGCUCAAGGAGGUGAAUGGAGGCUGGAGAUCUGGAAGGAGGGGAGGGUGUCGUCCCCUUCCUGGGCAUGUUCCUCUAUCACCUGAAGCUGCUGAACAUUGGGAUGGAGGAUGAUCUGGAAAAAUUAAAAGUCAUCAGGAGGAUCCAGCUGCUCCAGCAGGCUGCAAAUGCGUAUGACCUGGAGCCCAAAGAGCGAUUUGGGGCCUGGUUCCAGGUCAUGGAGCCCAUCAGUGUCCAUGAGAGCUACUGGGUCUCCUGCUAGCUGGAGUCCGCACAACAGAAGGCGAGCAAAAUGCGGCUCUUCAAGAGAAAGAGGAACCAGACAUCCUCCAGUUUAGGGCCGAGUGAGUGUUGGGACCAGC